AAGCGUACCAAUCGGUCUGGCCGCGUCAUCUCCCCUCCUCUCCCCUACUGCCCAAAAAUGCUACUUGCACAAUCAUUGUGUUAGUUGUGUGCGUAAUUCUGAUCGUUCAGAUUUAUUUGGACCGUCUAGAUUUUAGAUGGUUGUGUUUUACACAGCCGUUGUAUGCCUACUUUUGCCUGCUACCCCACCAGAGAAAACCAUCUAAUUACACUUUCCACCUUCGAUCGUCUCCGCUUCUGUCGAAAAACGCUACCGACGACCGGAAAAUCAAAUACGGAAGAGCUAUAGCAUAACAGCGAUAAUGGAGAAAAUCGGCAAGAGAUUUCAGGGGAAGGUGGCGAUUGUUACGGCUUCGACUCAGGGCAUCGGCUUCAGCAUCGCCGAGCGGCUUGGCUCGGAAGGCGCCUCCGUUGUCGUCUCCUCCCGCCGACAGAAUAAUGUAGAUGAGGCAGUGGAGAAGCUUAGAGCAAGAGGAAUUGAAGUUUUGGGAGUGGUUUGUCACGUGUCAAAUGCUCAACAAAGGAAGAAUCUCAUAGAAACAACAGUUCAGAAAUAUGGAAAAAUAGACGUGAUUGUCUCAAAUGCUGCUGUCAAUCCGUCUGUUGAUACCAUAUUGGAAACUAAAGAAGCUGUUCUCGACAAGCUAUGGGAAAUUAACGUUAAAGCUGCUAUACUUCUUCUACAGGAUGCAACUCCUCACUUGCAGAAGGGUUCAUCGGUGAUUUUUAUUUCCUCUAUUACUGCCUACCAACCCCCUGCUUCCUUGGCCAUGUAUGGUGUGACUAAAACUGCUCUUCUUGGUCUAACCAAGGCCCUUGCGGCUGAAAUGGCUCCUGAUACGCGCGUAAACUGCGUUGCUCCCGGUUUUGUCCCCACUCGCUUUGCUGAUUUCCUCACGAGUAAUGAUGAGAUUAGGAAGGGCAUUGAAGAGAAGACACUACUGAACAGGCUUGGAACAACCGAAGACAUGGCUGCUGCUACUGCAUUUCUUGCUUCAGAUGAUGCUUCUUACAUAACUGGAGAAACCUUGGUUGUUGGCGGCGGAGCUCCUUCUAGACUUUAGUUUCUGUUUUUUACUUUGCCCCAGUUUUUAUAUUGUGCUGUAUUUUUUAAUUUUCCUCUUAUGAACUCAUGGUGAUGUUGAGUGCUCUUUACAUGUAUGUGAAGCCUUAAAACCGGCAUCGGUAAACUCAGCCAUAAAACAGGCAUCGAUCAAUUCGCCAAGUUAGUUCUUACA